GGAUCAUUCAUUGACUUGAAAAGCCAUCGAAGCAAAUUAAAACGCAUUCCACACCUAUCAUCACAUUUCGUCAUAUUAUUUCCACAUAACCCGCACUCGCGGGAACUCACAUAGAGAGAGAAGUUAGUUGCUACCUACGCCUUGUGUGUGUGUGUGUGUUUAUGGAGAUCAUUGCCACCAUUUUCUUUUGCAUUUUACUCAUCUUCUCAUCCCUUAUUCUUUCGUAUCCAUUAAUAAAGAAACACAAGAAACAACAACACGUAGUAGCUAAGCCUAAGCUUCCCCCUGGCUCAAUGGGCUGGCCUUACAUAGGAGAGACCCUUCAACUCUAUUCUCAAGACCCUAACAUCUUCUUUGCUUCAAAGCAAAAAAGAUAUGGAGAAAUUUUCAAGACACACAUACUAGGUUGUCCAUGCGUGAUGUUGGCUAGCCCUGAGGCUGCACGUUUUGUGUUGGUGACUCAUGCUCACUUGUUCAAACCCACAUACCCAAAAAGCAAAGAGAAGCUAAUAGGCACUUCAGCAUUGUUCUUCCACCAAGGAGAAUACCACACUCGUAUCAGGAAGCUGGUGCAAACCUCUCUCUCUCCUGAAACCAUCCGAAAACUGAUCCCAGACAUCGAAACCGAGGUCGUUUCCUCUUUGGAAUCGUGGGUUUCCACUGGACAAGUCAUCAACGCUUUCCAAGAAAUGAAAAAGUUCUCUUUCAAUAUUGGCAUCCUCUCUGUCUUUGGUCACUUGGAAGACAAUUAUAGAGACCAGCUUAAGGAAAACUACUGCAUAGUGGAGAAAGGGUACAAUUCUUUCCCUAACAGGAUUCCCGGAACUGUAUACUCCAAAGCACUCUUGGCAAGGAGGAGAAUCAGGGAGAUUAUAAGUGAGAUCAUUUGUAAAAGAAAGGAGCAGAGAUUGAUGGAGAUGGAUCUAUUAGGCCACUUGCUGAACUACAAGGAUGAAAAAGAACAAACGCUAAGUGAUGACCAAAUUGCUGAUAAUGUAAUUGGGGUACUAUUUGCAGCUCAGGAUACUACAGCAAGUGUUCUAACCUGGAUUCUCAAGUAUCUUCAUGAUGACCAGAAACUUCUUGAAGCAAUAAAAGCAGACCAAAUGGCAGUAUAUGAAGCUAAUGAAGGAGGGAAAAAGCCAUUGACAUGGGGUCAGACCAGAAAUAUGCCAACUACUCAUAGGGUGAUUUUGGAAAGCCUUAGAAUGUCAAGUAUCAUAUCAUUUACUUUUAGGGAAGCUGUGGUUGAUGUAGUAUACAAAGGAUAUCUUAUACCGAAGGGUUGGAAAGUCAUGCCACUGUUCAGGAACAUCCAUCAUAAUCCAGAAUUUCACCCUUCUCCUCACAAUUUUGACCCAUCAAGGUUUGAGGUUGCUCCAAAGCCCAAUACUUUUACACCAUUUGGCAACGGAGUGCACUCUUGUCCAGGAAAUGAGCUUGCCAAACUGAACAUGUUCAUUUUAAUUCAUCAUCUAGUAACCAAAUAUAGGUGGGAAGUAGUGGGAUAUCAGAACGGAAUCCAACAUAGCCCAUUCCCAGUCCCUCUGCAUGGUCUACCUACAAGAUUUUGGAGAAACGAAUAGAAUCAAAGAUGAUCAUCAUAUGAUAAAAUCUCCCUUUAUUCAUAUAUAAAAUUUAGAUAUUCCUUGCCACCCCACCCCAACUUGAUAUUGAUUGUUCCUCCUUAACCCAUCCCAUGGCCAAUUCUCCUGUUUUAAAAGUGAGGAUCCAAAAAAAUUGUCUUAUUAGCUUCUUCCAAGUAACAUCAUGUGUAUUAUCCUAUUUGUAAGUAAAUGGUGGCAGUGGCAUAUAUAGCUUAGUGCCAUUAAUUAGUCUGAGCGUGCAUGUAAGCUGUACUAAUAAUAAUAAAUGUUAUCAACUAAUGAUUUUAGUUUAA